AUGGUUGUAUGCGCCGUGUGUGGUGCGAAUGCGGCCGAGUUGAACGUGCCGGAGAAGAUUCAGUUCAAUCGCGAUGUGCGGCCGAUCUUUUCCGAUAAAUGUUUCGCCUGCCACGGGCCCGACAGCAACGCUCGCCAGACUGAGUUGAGGCUGGACAACGAAGCGGGCGCCCUGGCCGACCUCGGCGGUUUUCAGGCUGUUGUCCCUGGCGACUUGGAAGCCAGCGAGUUGUUCCAUCGCGUGUCGACCGACGAUGACGAUCUGCGGAUGCCGCCGGUGGACGAAAGCCCGGCGCUGACCCCACGGGAGAUUGAAGUCCUCAAACGAUGGAUCGCGCAGGGCGCUGCUUGGCAGCAGCACUGGUCAUUGUCUCCGCCGCGUCGCCCCGCGCUGCCGGAAGUGAAGGACGAAACGUGGACCCGGAAUGAAAUCGAUCGUUUUAUCCUGGCCCGACUCGAACGGGAGGGACUCGCCCCCAGUGCGGAGGCCGACCGACGGACGCUGAUCCGUCGGCUGAGCUUCGACCUGCUUGGCUUGCCUCCAAACUACGCGGAAGUCGAAGCGUUCAUCUCCGACGACAGCCCGGAGGCCUACGAACAACUGGUGGAGCGGCUGCUCGACUCGCAACAUUACGGCGAACGGAUGGCCAUGUACUGGCUCGACCUGGUGCGAUUCGCCGACACCAACGGGAUACACGGUGAUAAUCACCGCGAGCAUGCCCCGUACCGCGACUAUGUGAUUGCGGCUUUGAACGACAACAAGCCGUUCGACACGUUCACCAUCGAACAACUUGCUGGCGACUUAUUGGAGAACCCGACGGCUGAGCAACUGGUGGCCUCGGGCUACAACCGGUUGAGUCUCACCACGCGAGAGGGCGGAGCCCAGCCGAAGGAGUAUCGCAAGAAGUAUGCCGCCGAUCGGGUGCGGAACGUGUCGAGCGUGUGGUUGGGCGCCACGAUGGGAUGCUGCGAAUGUCACGACCAUAAGUUCGACCCGUUCUCGAUGAACGACUUCUACAGCUUGGCCGCCUUCUUUGCGGAUAUCAAAGAGGAGGCCGUAAAGGAACAGAAGCCGGAGUUGGCGGUGCCGAAUGCCGAACAAGCCGUGGCGCUAGCACGGCUUGAAAAGAAUAUCGGGGCCGCGAAGGAAGAACAGACCUCCACAAGUUUGCGAUUGAAGGAAGACCAGGCCAACUGGGAAGCUGCUCAGAGGCUGUUAUUGGCCGCGGAAAAGAAGACAGAGCUUCCGCCCGAGCUUACCGCGGUACUCAACAAGCCGGCCGACCAACGCAGUGAAGCGGAAGCCGAACAACUGGCGGCCCACUAUCGCGAGAUUGCUCCUGCAUUGGAGCCCGUGCGGCAACGACUCAAGGAAUUAGAAGCCGAAAAGCAGCGGCUCGAAGCGUCGUUUGCCAAAGUGCUGAUUUCUGUCUCGGUCGAGCCGAUGGAGACGCGGGUUCUGCAUCGGGGUGACUGGAUGGACGAGUCGGGGCCGAUCGUAACGCCGCAGGUGCCGGAGCCGUUGGGUGAGUUGGAUUUCGAAGACCGUCGAGCCACGCGGCUCGAUUUGGCCCAAUGGUUGGUCGAUGCCGAAAACCCUGUGGUGGCUCGGGUGAUGGUCAAUCGGCUGUGGAAGCUGUUCUUUGGCGAGGGGCUGGUUCGAACGCUCGACGAUUUCGGUUCGCAGGGGGCGUGGCCUUCGCAUCCGGAAUUGCUCGACUGGCUGGCGGUUGAGUUCAUCGAAAGCCAGUGGGAUCUCAAGCACAUCGUGCGGCUGAUCGUUACUUCGGCUGCGUAUCGACAGGCGUCGGAAGUUCGUCCCGAGUUGCAGAAGCGAGACCCCGAGAAUGAGCUUUUCGCUAGGCAGGGUCGGUAUCGGAUGGAUGCGGAGAUGAUUCGCGACAACGCCCUGGCCACGAGCGGGCUUCUCUCAUUGAAGAUGGGUGGGGCCAGCGCCAAGCCCUAUCAGCCGGCCGAGUAUUGGGCGCAUCUCAAUUUCCCGAAACGGGUUUACAAGGAAGACUCGGGCGAGAAUCUGUACCGGCGGGGUGUAUAUACGUAUUGGUGCCGCACCUUCCUGCAUCCCAGCAUGGUGGCUUUCGACGCGCCCAGCCGUGAAGAGUGCACGGUCGAGCGCCCACGUUCCAACACGCCGUUGCAGGCGUUGGUAUUGCUGAACGACCCAAUUUAUGUGGAGGCCGCCCGGGUCUUUGCCGCUCGGAUUGUUGAGGAAGGAGGGGCGACGAACGACGAACGGCUUCGCUUCGCCUUCCGCACGACGCUGAAUCGAGAUCCAAGCACGGAAGAACUCCAAUUGUUGGGCCGACUCUACGAACAACAUCUGGCUGAUUAUCAGCAAGAGGAAGCGGCCGCGGCUGAGUUGUUGUCGGUGGGAGAAUCUCCGCUGGAGGUGCCCGAGGGCAGCAGUAUGGCUGAACUGGCCGCGUGGACCUCGGUCGCCAGGGUUUGUUAUCGCCCUAUGAACGCCGAGGAGGGAUCAUUGCCAGCCGGGCGUUCCGUGAUUCAUUCCAUUGUUGGCGAACUGGCCCGAGUGUUUGGAUUCUGCGUCGUUCCUGCGGUGAUUCUGGCCAUUGCUUACGGGCAGUUGUUGGGGCAUCGCAGCGACUACCUGGGACAUUAUCUGGCCGGUUAUGGUGGAACGCUUGGGCUGACGACCGUGCUACUUGUGGCACUUCCGGAGACCGUCUACGGGAAGUUAGCUCCGUGGGUCAUUUUGGUGGCCUGCGGCGCGGCGGUUGCUUUGGGGGCGGUGUUCGAGAGUUCGAUUUACCGGAUCGCCAAGUUCGAUGAAGUCGACUUUUUCAAUCAGAGUUUGGGGGCUGUGCUGGCCUGCAGUGGACUGUUGGCCGCCUGGGUCGCGGUCGCGAUUGUGCUCUUCCUGGGUGGUGCGGUACUGGCGAUUGGCAAUAUCUGGGUCACCGCAGCCCGUUCGACGAUUCCGCUUACGCUAGAUGCUGAAGUCGUGGACAAAGAAACAAGGCACGAGAAGCAUCCCGGCUUUGACGACGUUCAUCUGCUAACGCUCAGCGAUGGUCAGACGUUGCAGGUUGAUACACCCGUGUUUGUUGAGCUGAGUGAAGGCGAAUCGCUUUCGAAGCAAGCUUGGGAGUACUCUCUGGAGCAUGGAGGGCAACGCAUCGCCUUGGGCUGGUCGGAAGAUUUCUAUGGCAUGCGUUGGGCGAUGCCUGUGGCAAUGGGGCUUCUGGCUGUAUUCACACUCGUUACCGUCGUUCGUCCGACGACCCCCUCAUCACCAAUGCCAAACACCUCACCUCCGUUGCCGGAUGAGGAUUAA